AUGGCUGAACCAUUCAUUACGAUUCGGCGUGGAUCGCAAUACUCCGAAACAGGCGAUAACAAUGGAGCACAGUUAUCCCCUAUCCAUGAUACACCUCAACUCAUUCAAGGACCUGCCUCUUCCGACCUACACCAUACUCCCACUAUCGAAGACUGCUCAGAUGAAGAGGGCGAAGCCAAGGCCAACCAUAGACCUCGCCGGUUUGCUCCCAAAGGGCAUCUAAACACACAGGGUCACGGCCGAAGUCCUCGGCCGCCUGGCCCGUACUAUCCGUCCGAUCGACAAAGAACGUAUUCGAAUAACUUCAUGCCACCCUUCUCAAAUCCCCAAGAGAAUAACACCAGAUCCUCUUCAGAUUCUCCACCUUCUCCUACCACAUUCGUUACCCUUGCCUCUGGAAACGGCGAGCAACCCAUACCUGAGCAUUUUAAUCACCAGCCUGAGCAUUUCAACCAUCAGCCUGAGAACUUCAAUCACCAGCCUGAAUCUCCAGUAGAAGGAACACGACGGAUGAGAGGCCACAGACAACGGAAAUCCUCCUUUAUUGCGCCAUCCUCUCCAGCGGGCCAUAGCUACUCCUCAGUCCCAAGCAGCCUCCAAAGCGAUGUCUUCUCUCAAGAUCGUAGACAGAGCGAGUCUCACCGCAGCUGGAGCCCUGAUCAAUCAAUGCCAGCGCCUUCUCCUUACCCUCACAUGAUAAAGCCAAUGCCACCUGACCAACAAAAUUCCGACGCAUUCGCAGGUGGAUGGUCGUCAUCUCCUGGGGCGAACAACCAGAUGCAACUUGUAGGCCCCGGUCCGGGUCCCAACGGGCCCAUGAUGCCGGGCCCAGCGCCACAUCGAGAGCCCCAAGAAUUUCAUAGAGAUCCUCCUAUUUCGGGAUACCAGCAGAUCGCUAUGAAUAUGGCUGGAGAAAUAGGACAUACCCGGAUAUAUCCAAUAUAUCGACGUUAUGCCACGUUAAACCACCGCCUUCUCCUUCAUCUACAAGAUGAGCUCGCCGUGCUCGAAGAGGAAUUGGGGAGACUGGAUUACGACGAUGCCUCCGAGAGAACACAGCAUGAUCAUAUACGCCCCGCUUCGCGAAGAGAAGAAGCCAAGCGUGGGAUUGCUAGGGAUGAGCUGAUGAAAAAUGUCAGCUUUAAAUUAGAACAGUACCGUCAGACACUUGCUGCUUUCCAUGAAAUACAGCAGUACCCCCGACCGACGAACGAAGAAAUCGACGGUUAUAGCAACUUCCUCUUCCGGGAUGGCCCGAUUGUUGAGAGCGAGGCUAGGUUUAUCCGUCACGAGAGCGAUCUCGUGUGUCUCCCCUUCUUCGCGGCAGACGAGCCCGGGCCUCCUCCCAUGAAAGAAAUAUCGGGUAUGCCGCCGCCCUCGCCGAUACAGUCGGAUAUUACUACCCACACGACGAGAAGCAAGCAAGGGAACGACCUUAUGAAGCCCAGGAAGGCGGGCUCUAAUCGCCCUCGCACUCUCCUCAAUGCCGCAUAUGUUAGCAUUGCAGCUAUUCUUGCCCCUAUUCUCACCUUCUUCGUCAUUCCUAGCUUCUUGGGUCGCAUGUUGAUCGUCUUUGUCGCCAUCGGGGGCGUAUCGGCAGUGGUGAUGUCGUCAGGGUUGCUGCGUGGAUCUGACCCAACUGUGAUCAGGGACUGUGUGAUCUGUGCGGGAGUCUAUGGUGGGAUUAUGGCUGUAUUGGCUGGAAUAUGUUGA